CAACGUUGGCGUCUAGCCGAGAGUUCUCACUGUGUCCAGUGUGACUCUGCUUCUGCUAGCCACCCAAACAGCUAGCAUCAACGCAGUCUGUGGCUAGCUAAACUAGCUAGCUAAAAUAAAACGUCCAAUAACCAAAGUCUAUAAAUGGUCUGUCUCCACACCAUCGACAUAAUGGACGGCGGAGUAACGGUAGUUACCAAUCCUAUUGUGAACGUGAACGUAACGAGCACCAUCUCCACCUUUGAGGUGAAAUGCAGGUUCAAUAGAGGGAUCAGUAUAGCAGAACUGAAGGGAAAGUUGGAGAUGGUUGUGGGCGUGUGUGCCUCCUCCAUGGACCUGGAGUUGUUCAGCGUCUCUGACAAGUUCCUGCAGAAAAUGGACGACAAUGAUGCUUUGUUGGGUUCCUAUGCUGUAGAUGAUGACUGCAGAAUACAUGUUAUUGACAGAAGUGGAUGUCAGAUGGGCGAGUUCGAUGAUGUUUCCAAAGUGGAGAAGUUUGAAAUCUCAGAUGACGCUUAUGAUAAGAGAACAGAUUCAGCACGGUCAUUCAUGAAGAAACAUCGUAUUGGUCACUUCAAUGAGGAAGAAACGGCCAAGAAGAAAGCUGAGCAUGCUGCUCAGAUGGAGAAACAGAAGGCUGCUGCUGAUGCCAUUUCUGUUGGCAAUCGAUGCAAAGUGCAGGUCCCUGGGCAACCCAUGAAGCUUGGCACAGUGAUGUAUGUUGGUACAACAGAUUUCAAGCCAGGCUAUUGGGUGGGUGUGAAGUAUGAUGAGCCCCUUGGAAAGCACAAUGGAACUGUUGAAGGGAAACAAUACUUUGAAUGUGAGAACAAAUAUGGUGGAUUUGUGAAGCCCCUGAAUGUGGUUGUGGGAGACUUUCCCGAGGAGGAUUACGGUUUAGAUGAGAUGUAGGACUAUAAAAAGUGUAAUAAAAGGAGAGAGUGCUUUCUGCCCUGAAAUUUGAGCAUCACCUUUGAGAUGUUAUCCACCAACCAGAGAAAAGUCAUUGUUAUUGUUGUGAAUUAAAAUUUUGUUUUGCUUCUCUGGAAGGCAUGAUCCAAAGAGUAGGGUCUAAAGGUCUUUUAGAUUCAACUUCUCUCUCACUGACAGACAAGAAGUUCACAGUUUAAGAGGAAAGAACGAUAAAUCCUCACCAACAUUCACAGCUGUUAGUUGUAUUUGGAGUCAGGGGCACCACCCUCACCUCCUCUGAGCAAAAACUUGUUUUGCUAUGGUCUGUAUUUGCAGUUCUUUUUAUUAACAUAAGUGUAGAAUGCCUGACAUAAGCGUGUGAAAGUAUGCAAGGGUAGAUCUUUCCUUUAUAAACAAAUUCCUUAAAUUUCAGUUUGUGUGUUUGUAUGUAGUAUCGCAUCUUUUUCAUCCUCUGAAGUUUACAAAAGAAAUGUAAAUUAAUUAUUUUUGUGGUUUAUUUUCAAUGAAAUAUCAUUGCCACACAUACAAAAAUGUAGUGUCCUUUUUUUUUCCUUUUUUUAAAAAACUGAUGAUCUCUAAGGUGCAGGUGUAACUAUGUGCCAAAGGGUAAUGCAUAAUAAUAAAAAUGAUUUGCCAGUAAACAA